GGUCUGUUCGGCUUGACGCUUGAAUGCACGGCUCAAUGCGGUAUGAUGACCGUCAGCAACGGCUUAACCAUACCCGAUCCAGUAGCCCGCUGUUUCACAGAAAUCAUCCAACGAGCAUCCGACGUUCGAUACCUGACCCGCGAAUUCGACGUGGGAAACAACCUUGAUCUUGCUACGUUUGAUAUCCACGCAAUUACCGGCGUCGUCAAAAAGUACCUGCGAAGCCUUCCAGACCCAGUGAUUCCGCACGCCUAUCACAGCCCAUUCUUACACGCUGCAAGUGGUCCGUGUGAUGUCAAAACGCUCCAGAACCUCAUCAGCAGCUUACCCGUAUUGCACCGCCACCUGCUAUGCUAUAUCCUACAACUCGCAUCCGCCAUCCAAAAGCACGCCAGUGUCAACAUGAUGAAUCCUGAAGCAUUAGCCGUGGUGUUGGCCCCAGUCUCCACCGGUCUUGAGCAGUCUUUGCCGAUCCAUCCAGUACCGGCGUAUUCUGGCAUGGGUCGACGAAACGGGGGUGGUCACCGCGCUGCACGAUUACCCAAGCGUGAGGAAAUGGACGGGUUGAUUCAAACAAAUGCAAAGUGGACCUAUCUGUGGACGUUGAUGAUCGAUCAUCGUGACGCCUUGUUGCAACACCAUGAGCAGCUCGAACGAGACACGCCUUCCCCCGUAUACCCACCGUUUGAUAUCUUUAUGAGCCAGUUCGAUUCAGAGCCACGCGAAUGCAGCAGCAGUGAUGAUGAAGACAAUAAUGACGAGGACGUCGACGACGACGAACAGCAGCAGCAGCAGCAGCAGCAGCAGCAGCGACGACAGGAACAGCAGCGACGACAGGAACAGCAGCAGCACGAUCAGUGGUGGCGCGGAUUGUUCUCCACUACCAAGUCUGCCGAUCAAACUCCUUGGUCAUCCGCUUCUGCUGGCCCACGACGUAUGCUUCGACGAUUAGCAUCUGUCUCUUCCAUGCGACCUCCUUCGUUGCACCAUUGGCGCUAG